AAACGCAAUGGGGAAUGUGGCUAUGGCUGUAUCAACGCCAUUUUAGAAAUUGUGAGAUCUGUUCUUCGACAGAAAAUGGUGAAUAAAGCGUGUUCAACUGAAAAUUAUUAGCGUGAAAAGUCUUGUUCUACCUGUUUAUCUCUGUUUAUUUGGACAUUCGUGAUAUUUUACUUCGUUGAUGAAUUAAAUUCAAUCAGGUCACUGUUGGAUGCAUACUUUCGUGGCAUUGUGCCACUUCAGUACUUCUUGAAAAGCAACUCAAGACCAGUAGCGAAUUAAAUCUGCCUGAUGAAAUCCCUCUUAAGGAGUGAAGUAUUCCAGGAAAGGAUUCUAUAAUCAACAUACCAUUUGUAAUAGACAUUACUUUGCGGCGACAACUGUGAAGGUGAUGCUGGUAAUUUGCUACAACGGAAUACAGAACAGAGUAAACACUACCUACAUAAAAAACUAAACAAAAAAUAGUUUUUUUUGCUGAUGAAGAUUUACUGACAGUAUGAGCACCUUGGGGGGAUCUAGGGGAGAGCGUAAUGCCAAACCCAAAUUCGCAGCAUUAGACAUUAAUAAGCUGUACAUAACCAGCCGUGGAGAAUCGUUUGAGCCAUCGACACAAAAAAGUACUGCUCCUCGCAAGCAUGGCAUGCAAAGUUUGGGAAAGGUUCCAACGGCCCGUCGUCCACCAGCAAACCUUCCAUCUUUAAAAGCAGAAGUAGGAAAUCCCGGCGAACAGUCUGGCAGCUGGACUAACGAACUUAACGAAGGACAAUACGUCAGCCAGAGUCCAAAUCAUUCAACGGAAGAAGUCAACAAAAUACCAAAUUUAUCUAUUUCUAAAAGUUCGACUCAACGCCACACUUCGUCUCCUAACAUUUCAAAACCGGGCGAAUUAUCAUGGAACACGAGCGAGUUCCCUUCAUUGGACGGCACUGGUUCGUAUGGGGGGGGAACAACAAAAUCUCAACUAUUCCAAGAACAUUAUUCCGGAACUUCUCAAACCAAUCAUCAAGCCGACAUUCGUUCACAAUUGAAAGCACCUUGCGGCCAAGGAACCAGUAUUGCUACGGAGGAUUUAGAUGGUGGUGGAAACUUCCUAGGUGGUUUGAACAGUUGUCAGGUCACAGCGGGAUCGUCUCAAUCGUCUCCUCUGCCCCCCCAGUUCAGAGCUCUUUUGCCACCCUUUAUGCAACGAGGGAGCGAAAGCGUUUUGUUAGGAAACGAAAACGAAGGAGGCUCCUUGUCGCCAAUACCUUCACAAACUUCAAUUUUUUCUACGAUACCAGGAAUGUGCAACGAUUCCAAAAACAGCAGUACUGCCCAUAAUGUGACCACCAAUUACAAUACGGACAACAGAAAAAUGAACAGCAAUGGUGGCAACAACUGCAGCAGCAGCAGCCAUAAAUCCAACAAUAAUGGAGAAAAGAUUAGCAACGUUGCGGUUAAUACCGGAACAAAUGUAACUAUAAUAUCCAGUCAGUUUUCGAAGACACAAUCUUCAAGCUUAUCGACUCAUUCGCAGCAACAACAACUAAAUAACCGUAUUGGUGGAGGAAACUCUUAUUCUUCAAUUCCUUCAACCAGAAGCGGGCGUGUUGUUAGGGGAGGAAAUGGUGGGAGCAACAAUACAUCGAGUGAAGGAGGCAAUGACAAAACUGGUGGAAUCGCCUAUGAUAAUAGUUAUCAGAAUGCAAAUCGACGAGGGGGUUCCAAUCAUCUUCCGCGUUAUGCCAACCGUGGAACUUCAGGUGGUGGUGUUGGUAAUUAUAAUAAUACUAUCGGUAAUUUGCGUAGUAAUGGAGGGAAUGUGAUUGGUUCAGGUGAAGUUGGUAGCCCGAGCGGAUUCAAUGAUGAAAAUCGCAAUUCACAUCCACCAUAUGGAUCAAGUGUUUUAGCAGAGCAAGAAGUUGUAGUGCGACCUAUCAUACGAGAUGAAGAAUUGCAAAGAUUAGAAGCAAUUGCAAAGGACGAAGGAUGGGCUAAAGAUUCUGAAUUUGAUUAUAAUCAAAAAUUAGAAUUUUCUGAUGAUGAAUCAGAGUUAAAUCAAAUACCAACUGCUAUGAAAGUAAAGGAUAUGGCUACAGAUAUAAAUAUAAUAUCAGUUAAAGCAGAAAAGGAGCAGCAAGAACAUGAAAUAUUUGAUAAAUCUGAUCGUACUCUGGAUGUAAGUGUAGCGCAUAGAGAAAGAGAUCCAAAUCAAGACUCUAUGCAAAUAAAUUGUAGCAGCGGUGUGCGUAGUUUAGUUGGAGAAGGCAGUGCAAUCAAUGUAAACAUGACGGCAGGGGGAUUGGAUGCAGCAGAAGCAAAAGAGCGCUUAAAACAACGCCAGGAAGAGGAUCUUAAACGUGAUAUUGAACGUAAACUGGCUGCCGCUAGAAAGUUACAGGAACUGGAAGAAAAGCUUAGCAGAAAAAAAACAGAGGAAUCAAUAGAUGCAAAAGCAGGCAAUAAUGAUAUUAGCAAAAGUGGUAAUAUUGCCUCGACUAUCAAUAUCUCUACAACGUUAGGAAACAAACUGGAAGAGGAAAAAGUUUUUGAACCUGUAUCGGAACAUAACAACGAACGUGUAAUAUCCGUUAAAAUUCGUGGUAAAAGUGGCGAACGAACUAAUUUGAAAGAUGCACGUUAUGAAUUUGGCACCGGUUCACGACAUGAUCGCGAAACGGGAAACAUCAGUGGCAGUACUAGCAGUAAUUGGGACAUGCCAGGAUUCUCAAAGACAUUUCAAUCAAAUUUGCCCCCAAGGUUUCAAAGGCGCAAACUGGAGCGAAACACUUCUGGUGCAAAUUUGUUGACGAGUAAUAAUAAUAGUGUUGGUCUUGUUUCACCUCGAAUCGGAAACACUGGUCCUUGUGGUAGCAAUUCUGUUGGUGAGAUAAAAAGUGGAAUUCCCUUUGCCCAACAGUAUGAUCCACGGUUUAUUCAUAAUCAACAGACAUACGGAAAAAAUUGUAACGCAAUGACAAGUUCAUCACGUCGAACAGCAGUUUCUGUACGGGAUCGUGAUGAACGCCAGAGGCAUCAUUAUGAUGCAGUUGAACAUAAUCAACGCGAGGUAAUGAAAACAAAAAAAGAAUCAUUUGAAGACGGCAAUCGUUUUAAUAAUGCUACUGGUGGUACCCAAGAAUUGAAUAGUUAUGUCAACAGCAAGCAAAACAUUGGUUGUGUAACGCCGCAAUUAGACCGUAACUUAUCAGAAUCGUCUAAUCGUAAAACAAGUGUUUCAAGUGAUGAUAAUCAUCAUACAAGCCAACCACACCAUAAACCGGUUAUUCGAAAUGUCGGAAGCAAUACUAAAGUAUCUGGAAAUUAUGUGCGUGAGAAAUCAUGGGAUAUGGAAGAUCAAAAAGAAUCGUCUGCGUCAUCCUCUGCUUCUUUUAGUGGCAGUGAUGUUCACCGCGAAACGCCCCCACGUUCUGAUUGUGACUUGCCUAAACAGAUAUUACACCGGGUGAAAGAAACAACGCCCCAAUCAUCAUCCGAUUCAAUAAAAGAUGAAAAAAUGUCAUUUAAGCAACGUAUUAAGAAAACCGUUGAUUGUGAAUCAAAUCAAAAUGAUGAAGAGAUUCACAGAUGUGAGCAUCUGUCAUUUGACGGUGCUACAAUAGAAGAUAAUAGCGUUGGUAGUUCGAAUACGUCACUAGACCCUGAGGACUCUUCCCCUGGCGCUGCAAUGGAUAAAGCAAGCCUAUUAUCUAGGUCGGAUGGAUAUGCUUGUUUUGGAAUAGGAGAAACGAAUGAAAAAGAAAAUGUUGAAUUAAAUCAAUUAGAAUGCCCCAAAGAUACAACACAUGAGACUUCACAUCUUUCAAGAUCGCUAGGCUACACAGAUGAUAACAAACAAAUAACUUCUACGACGAUAUCGCAUCAACCACAUCAAAAUAGCUUAAAAAAGAAAGAUGCAACAACAACCCAACAUUCUCGCGAUAGUCGAAGGCAUGAUUCUCGCAGUGGCGUUCGUGGUGGCGGGGGCUACAGUGUUGGAUUCCAUCGAGCAGAUGGGACGGGAUGCAUGUCCAGUAGAGGCGGUUCUUUGAAUUGGAAUAGACCUCGUGGUGGCAGUAGAACUGGUGGAGCUGGUCGUGGUUACCAUCAAGAUUGCUGGAGCGAAUCUGAAUAUUCGGAAGAGAGUUUUGACGAACAAACAAAACAUCAUGUACAUCAAAAGAUAUAUAACCAUUCAAUGUCUGUUACUGUUGGAAUACAUAGUACAGCUAAUGCGGAUUCGACUAUUUUUGGGGGUGCAAAGGAAGGAUUCGUACCACGUGGUGAACCAUCACGACGAGGCCGAGGAGGGGGGAAUAUUGGCUCUAUUGUUUCUGUUGUUAAUCCUUCGAGUGCAAAUAAUCGCCAGAAACAACAAGGAGUCUUCUCUGGCUCUAUUACAUCUAUCGAGGAAAGUGUAGCCAUCAGCAAAAAAGUUGACGGAUAUGGAUGCACUAAUUCAAAAAACCCAUUUAGUUCCAGUACAGUUGAUGACGAUGAUAGACAAACAAAACAUUCUGUUGUAGACCAUUCGAACAGCACUGUUACCUCUGUAAUAUCUCCUAUACGGGACGAUCGCACAGUUCAACAUAACAAAAGACCAUUGUCUUUGUGUGAUGCUUAUAAUACGUCGGAUGAUGUUUUAUCACUUGAAAAAGAAAAUCCCAUUUCGAAGAUCCUAGAGAGGGAACAUAGUGCAAUAGAUAUUCGUAAUGACGAAUCUCAUUCUCGAGAGGAUAGUCAUAAAUCAGAUGGUAGAUCAAAUUCCACAGAUCAUUGUUUGGCAGUGAUGAAACAAACUAGUGAUGAAUGCGAUUCUAAUAAGUCCACGGCUGCGUCAUUGGUAGACGAUACCAAGACAAAUACAACAAAAAAUGGUAGUACUACAACUUUACAACAACAGUCAACAAAUUUAUCCACCAUAUCAGGAUCUGUUGGUAAAUUGAAUAACUCUAUGGACAGUAAUGUGCGAGGAAAGGCUAUUGUUGGAAAUUUUAGAGGCGGUUCCAUCAAUGUAAUUACAUUGCGCCAGCAGCAAUCUGUAUCACAAAGCCAAGGAGGGGGUAAAUCAUCUACCACUGAAGCGAGCAGCGAUUCAUUAGUUUCAGUGAAUACAUCAAAUUCUAAUCAAUUAAUCACAACAUCAAACAGUAACAACGACAAUGACUCCAUGCCGUCAGGAACAUCAGGAACACGUUCUUCAACAUUAUCAGUAGAAGGAGACAUAAAGUGUGUAACAGAUCAGCGUCACUUAACACAACAAGGUGUAACAGAAAAACUGAAUGCUUCUUCCACAGUUAGCUCCAACACUGACAAUGAUAAGCAUCAUCUUGAUGGCAAUAAUGCUCCAGUUAACACCACGAUGAUAUUCGACAACACGAACUUCAAAUCAGCCGUAUCCGCGUUGAGUGUAAACAACACAAACACAGUAGGUGAUUGUGGCGGAACGGGUGUAGACGCUUCCAUAACAAAUCUGAAACGUCAACAAAGUGGCAAUAGUGUCAUAAAUGUUGAUGCAAAAGUAAAAUCAGGUUUAAUGAAUGAGAAAGUUAUUACUGGUGCUUCUAAUGCAGUUGGUUCAAUAAUGAAGUCACCACAAUCUUUGACAUCUAAUACGUCAGCACAUCGUCCAACAACUUCGAUACCAGUAACGACAUCAAGUGAAGGAAGUUCGCAACAUAGCAUCGUUGGUAAUUCUCAAAGAACAGUGCUUUCUGCAGGUGUUACAAAACAACAGUCGUCCACUAUUAUCACAAGUACCCUGCAAGGAAUUCCGUUUCAAAAAAGUGAGACCGAUUAUAAGGAAGUAAAACCAUUUGCCUUUGAGACUGAUAUUAGCCAUUUAAUUGAAGGUGACAAAGGUAUUAAGCAACAAUCUACAGUAUCGGCUGGAUUGUGUUUAUCAAAAUCAAUAGAAGUCGACGGAGGUAACGGUCAUGGAAGAGUGUCUGCGUCAGUACAAAAUAUAAUUUCUCCUUCGACAGCCGAUUUGAACAUGAAAAUAGCAAGUGUAAAGAAAGUUUGGGAAAUGCCCACUGUACCAGAACAAACAGGAUCGGGAACAGUAAAUAGUGGCGGCGGAGGUAGUGCUACAUGCAACGUCAAUAUGGCAAAUGAACAUUCAGUUAGUGGUAGUGGAAAUGUUCCUAGUGGAAAUAAUGUUCAUUUAAAAUCAAAUUUCGUAAGGACACAACAUACAUCCCAUCAACCACAGUAUCAACAUUCCCAUGCUGGAACUGCUGGUCAUCACUCUCACCAAGCGCAUGGUACCCAUUCUUCUUAUGGAGCAGCAUUUGGAUCAGAAUCAGAUUCCUUAGUGGAACAUUUUAAUAGCUCCAAUAAUGUUUGCAAUAUUCCCAAUCCCACGGGAUCGAACAAUGGAUGCGACAUUAAUACUGGAAUUACUCUCAACAACGAAUGUAAUGACCCUUCUAAUCAGGGAUAUGGUCUGAGUCAUCAUCACUCUCAACAACAGCCGACAAAGGUUCAUCAACAGACGCAUCAACUGCAACAGCAACAUCCCCACCAACAGCAAGAUCUACAUCAUCAACGACAGGCACACAAUAUGCAAGAAUCAGCUCAAUCGACUACGCAACAACAUACGCAACAGCCACAGAAACAAUUACAGCAUCCAUCACAACACUCAUUGCAACAUCAUUCGCAACAACUUCAACGUCAGCAGCAACAACAUAAGGAGCAAAGUCAACACAUUCAACAAUUGCAACAAAUGCAUCAACAAUCGCAACAGCAACAUAAACCACAAACGCAGUCGCAAUCACAAUCGCAUCCUCCGACGCAACCGCCUUCGCAAUCGCUGCCACAAUCACAAGCACAAACUUCUCAAUCACAAUUAAAGGUGCAGCACUCACCGCAACAGCAAUCGCAACAAAUACCCCAACAACUUUCACAGUCUCAGUCACAACAUUCACAUUCGCAUCAGCAGCACCAACCUCAUAAACAAUCACAAAUUCAACAGCAGUUGCAACAGCAUCCUGCGCAACAACUUCCGCAACAAUUGCAGCAAACACAUCAUCAGCAAACACUACAAUUACAACAUCAGCAACAGACACAACAGACACAACAUGUUUCCUCUGUUAAUGUUCAACAGCAUCAAGCUGCAGUGGCCGUUACUAUGGGUCUGAACAAACACCCAGUGGCAGAUGUAUUGGCAGCGGCAGUCGCUGCGAAUAAUGUUAAUGUGUGCAAGGUUAAACCCACGCAACAAAGCAGUGCUGGUGGUAUGCAUCAAUCUAAUAGUAUGGGUUUGUCACCCCCCCCACAAAUGCAAAGCGGAUCAAUUCCUUCUGCUCCACAACCGUUCUACCCGGCACAGUACGGCGUAUCUGCUGUUCCAUCACCUCCUGCUGUGUUAUAUAAUUCAGCUGCUGCUGCUGCCGCCAUGAAUUCUCAAGGUGGAUUAUACAACGCAUUCCAAAUCGAACCAAGUGGUCGUUCACAAUUUUCACAGUUUCCUGGACACUAUGGAACAUCAGGUACAACUGGAGGGCCAUAUAAUACAUAUAUGACUCCGACCGCGACAAAUAUGCAAACGGGACCUACACCUGAGAUGUUCCAAAGCCUUUCAUCUCAGUUUCGCAUGGGUUCAGUCCAAUCUCCGUACAACCAAACAACUCAAAUGGGAAACCCAAAUACCAUGCUGAUAUCAUCAAAUAAUACUUCGUUAAUGUCCUCAUCAGUAAAAACUUCCACGCAACAGAUAGGUGCUAUUGGACAACCUAAACCUAAUGGCGGUGGAUCGGUUAAUCAACCACCGUUUGGACAGCAGUAUCUUAACAUGUUUCCGCCUGCUCCAUUGCAAAACACGGCAGCUAACUACUAUUCAAAUUCGGGUGGGGGACAAAACGCUUUUUUCGGCGCAGCAAGUGCUACAGGUGCUGCAACGCAGAGUGCGUACGGUAUACCACCAGCAGCAGUAGCUGCGUCUAACAUGUUUGGUGGUCAUGGUGGGCAAAAUCCUUCAAACACUUCCCAACCUCCGCCACCUCAGCAACAGAUGCCCAACUACUCUUCCCAAUUUUUAAAUUCGCCGCUUUUAGCUGCUACUAAUCCAACAUUGGGACAACAACAAUACCGAGGAGCGCCAAACAAUGCUUCUCAACAUUCUGGAGCUAAUUCCUCUAGUUACAUAAAAUCAAACCAAUCUCCACAAUCAUCCCAUAUUCAGCAACAACAGCAAGCACAACAGCAACAGGAUACAGUGAGUUAUUAUUCAUUCUAUCACAAAUAGGCUUUGAGUAUGCCUGCGUUUUAGUGUAACGCAUAACAUUAAUGGUCAUGUAUAGAGAAUAGGGUAUUAAGAACAUACUGAGAAUAAGUUGUUGGAAGAUGAAGCUCAUUAUAGUUGCUUCACAAUAAUUAUAUUUUUCGUCGCGUACAAUCUCAGUCUAUGGUUUUGAUUUAUUCAGCCUAUAGUUUAGUUUUUCAUAGCAAUCUGCAUGUUCGUCUGGCUUGCGCAAAAUAAAAUAGGAAGUUUAUAAAAUCAUUUGUUCCCUUCAAUUGUCAUUUUAUGUUUUAUUUAAUCGCAAAAAAAAUGGUUUACAAAUAUUUAAAUAAAAUGUGUGUAAAAACAUUUA